AUGCUAAUUAUAUCUCCUAUUGCCAGAACAACUGCAGUGGAAACAUGCAACUCUAACGCCGUCUGGCUGAUUUGUCACAAAAUUCUUUUUGGAACCAAAACCAAGCUUCCUACUCCCGUCAAAGAGAUUGUAAUGUCGAUCUUCAAAAUUGAAAACAAGAAAUCCGAGUUGAAGCCGUUCAAGAUGGAUCACAAUAACAUACCACUUGGACGUCUUUCACAUAAUCAAAUCGAUUUGGCAUAUGGGGUUCUCAAGGACCUCCUCAACGUCCUCUCCGAGGUUCCGCUGGAUCAAAUGAAGAUCGUUGAUUCCACCAACAAAUUUCAUACGAUUGUCCCUCAUAACUUUGGGUUCAAGUUGCCGGAAUUGAUUGACACUCUCGAUAAGGUCAAUGAGAAGGUUGAUCUGCUGAAAGCAAUUGGGGAUCUCCAAUUGGAUGAAAUCUGUGGAAUAGAUAGCCGGACGAUCCCUGGUGUGGACCCAGUGGACACACACUAUAAAAGGUUGGAAUGUUCAAUGACGCCUCUCGACAAAAACUCCUCUGACUACGUAUUGAUUGAGAACUUUAUGAAGAAUACUCAAGGAUCGACUCAUGUUAUGAAAUGUGAUCUGAUUGAUAUUCUCGAAAUCAAUCGACAGUGGGAGUCCACAAAAUUCAAGAAAGAAAUCGGAAAUCGGCGUCUCCUCUGGCAUGGUUCUAAACGGAUGAACUUGGCUGGAAUCCUCGGUCAAGGCCUUCGAAUUGCUCCUCCAGAAGCCCCAGGAACCGGAUACAUGUUUGGAAAAGGAGUAUACUUUGCCGACAUGUUCAGUAAAAGCUUGUCCUACUGCCGAGCGAACUCUAAGGAUGAGGCGUACCUGCUGCUGUGCGAUGUGGCACUCGGAAAGAUGGACCUUAGGAUGCAAGCGACAGACAUUUCAAAGGACACACUUCCAGAAGGGACUCAAUCGGUUAAAGGUGUUGGGCGGGAAUGUCCUAGUGGAGAAUUCUCUCAUCCUGAUGGCUUCAUGGUCCCAACAGGCGAAGUUCACCAACAACUUCAAGGAACCUACAACAUCGACUAUUUUCUUUUAUACAAUGAAUAUAUUGUAUACGACGUGGACCAGAUUCAAAUCAAAUACCUGGUUCGUGUGAAAGUGCAUUAA